AUGUCGAAGUCAUUUGUUCGUUCUAUUAAAAACGUUACCAACGGGUAUUCAUCGGGACAGGUGCUCGUUAGAAACGCUACGUCCAACGACCCAUCGGGGCCGACCACUUUUGAUAUGGAAGAAAUAGCUUCCCGGACGUACCAAUCGCAAACAGACUUUUUGGAGAUCAUGGAUAUGCUCGACCGUCGUCUUAACGAUAAGGGGAAGAAUUGGAGACAUGUGGCGAAGUCAUUGACGGUAUUGGACUACUUGGUGAGAUACGGAUCUGAAAAAUGUGUGCUCUGGUCGAAGGACAACUUGUACAUUAUUAAGACUUUGCGGGAGUUCAUACACUUUGACGAGGCAGAUAACGAUCAGGGAGCGGUGAUCCGGGUGAAGGCCAAAGAAUUGGUGUCGUUGUUGAGGGACGACGAGAGGUUGCAGCACGAGAGAGAAUUGGCCGCGAGGGCCCAGAAUGGUCCUGGUCACCGUCCUGGCCGUGAGAGAAGAAACCGUCGUGGUUCGAGAAGAAAUACCGUCAACAGCAACCUGAGCAGACCCGUCACGGGUGAUGAUGAUGACGAGAUGCAAAAGGCGUUGGAAAUGUCGAGGAUCACGGCCGAGGAAGAGGCUAGGCGCAAGAACCAGAUCCCCGACGACGACGACUUACAAGCAGCGUUGAAGUUGUCGAUGGAGGAGGAAGAGAUGAGGAAGUUGAAGAACCAGCAGAACGACAACUUACUUGACUUGGACGAACAACAAGCCCAACCCCAAUAUUACUUAGCCACUGGCUACCAACAGCCUCAGUACUACAUGAUGCCACAACAGACUCAAACCCAACAGCAAUACGAUAUGUUUGGAAACCCAAUACAGAACGCCAUGAACACUGGGUUAUACCAACAGCAACACUACCAACAACAGGAACCAAUGCAACAACAGCCACUGUUUACCGGAUUCAACGGUCCCCAACAGCAGCAGCAACAGCCUCAAGAAUUGCAGCCAUUGAAGACGGGCUCGAAUAACCCAUUCGCAUUACAGAGUGAGUCUGCUCAACAGCAACCAGCUUCCCAGUCGUUAAACGAUAUAGCUUCGCAACAACAACAACAACAACAAGAUCUCUAUCAACAGCAACAACAGCAACAGCAACAGCAACCCCAAUUUUUCACCCAGCCAACGUCGCAACUCAAGCCGCAAACUACGUCGUCGUCCAAAUUUGAUGACUCGACUCAUGCUGAUUUGAAUAAUUUAUUGGCUCAAGGUACUGGUAUCGAUACGUUUGGUAACACGGGUGCUACAAGAAUCCCUCAUCAACAUACAAAAACUCAACAAUUUAUAAAUUCAAGUGGUACUGGUUACAAACAAAACUAUGAUGAAGCCAAAUUGAGUUCGAACGCUACCGGCAAUCCGUUCUUAAAUACUGGCAUUGGGUACCAACAGCAAAGUCAAAUCAAUCCUGCCUAUACUGGUUACGGAUUUGGUAACGCCAAUACGCAACAGCAGCAAAGACGUAACGAUGGGCCAAGUUUGAUUGACAUUUGA